UAAUUCCUCAAUCCAGUUACUGUGUCACAGAUUUGGGUUUGGACUCACGGCCAUUCCGUCGCGGUACUUCGUUCAAGUAGUUUCUAUCUGCAGAGUGCCUGUAUACAUUAUCAAUCGUUGUUUUAAAAUAGUUAUUAAAUCUAAAAUUCCACAAUAUGGCUCUCGAUUUACAUCGUAAGUAUAUCGAGAAAAAGCAAGAUAGUGCACCGUUGGUGCCUAUCAAAGAUAUAAUAAAUUCUAAAUACUAUUUGGAUCCUCUGGAGCUUUUGGGUGAACGGAGCUUUAAUGAACCUCGUGAAGUUGAUGAGUCGGAAAUAGGAAGUCCAAUACAAGAGUUUUUUCGGGAUGCAGUUGUAUUUUUAACCGGUGGUACUGGUUUUAUGGGCAAGGUUCUAGUGGAAAAGCUACUUAGAACAUGUCCUCACAUUAAACAUAUUUAUUUGUUGAUCCGAUCUAAGAAGGGCAAAAACGUCGAUCAACGAUUGGAAGAUAUAUUUGAAGACAGGCUUUUUAAAAGAUUAAAACAUGAAGUACCCAAGUAUUAUCAUAAAGUUUCUGGAGUAGCCGGCGAUUGCAGUUUGCCAGGUCUAGGAUUAAGUGUGAGCAGUCGAAAUACACUGAUUAACGAAGUAAACAUAAUUUUCCAUGGAGCAGCUACUGUGCGUUUUGAUGAACAUAUUCGUGUAGCUAUGAACAUAAAUGUUUCUGGGACAAGAGAAUUAUUAAAUUUGGCCAGAAAAAUAACCAACUUAAAGGUCAUGGCACACGUUUCCACAGCAUACUCAAACUGUAAUCGAUUGCACGUCGAAGAAAAAUUUUACGAUCCUAUUGUUGAUUAUGAAGAUGUUUUAAAAUUGAUUUCUUCUAACGACGAUCAAACGCUUCAAGACAUGACUAAAGAAAUCAUUGGUGAUUUACCAAAUACUUAUGCAUUCACCAAAUCCUUGGCAGAAGACGCUAUUCGAAGAGAAGCACAAGAUCUUCCAAUAUUAGUGUUCCGUCCCACUGUUGUUAUUGCUACUUACCGAGAACCAGUAAGGGGUUGGAUAGAUAAUGUUUACGGCCCUACAGGGCUUAUAGUUGGAGCUGGUACAGGAGUUCUUCAUACCUACUAUGGCGAUUCUAAUAUGGUUACUGAUAUGAUUCCAGUUGAUAUGGUUGUUAACGCACUUAUAUGUGCAACCAAAGAAACUGCAACAAAUAAAAAAGAUGACAAUAUACCGAUAUACACGUGUUCAAGUGCAGGACAAAAACCAAUUAGAUGGAAUGAUUUUAUUGAGAUGAACAGACGUCAUGGAAUUUACUGGCCUACGAUCCGGGCAAUCUGGUACUACUCAUUCAUGGCCACCAACAAUCCAUACUUUUAUGCGUUAUUAAACUUUUUUUGCCAUAUCGUACCUGGAUAUUUACUGGACACAUUAGCUGUUAUCGCUGGACAAAAACCAAUACUGAUGAAAAUUUAUAAAAAGAUUGAUAAAGUACGUGAUAUAUUAGCCUAUUUCUCUGACAAAGAAUGGACGUUCACUAAUGAUCGAUUACUGGCGUUAUGGGGCACUCUUGAUAGUCAAGAUCAAGAAAUAUUCAAUUUUGACAUAAACCAGUUAUCCUGGGAAUACUUUAGUCAGGCACAUUGUCUUGGCUUAAGAGUUUAUUUGGUAAAAGAUGAUAUCCACACAUUGCCUGCGGCGAGGAAAAAAUGGGAAAAAUUAUACAUUGCGCAUAUUGCUUUAUUAGUAUUUAUAUACGCCUUCUUGCUGUACUGCGCAUGGAUUAUUACUUAUCUCUUUCUCAAAUUGACUGGUUUCGUGUAAAGAAACUCUUGCAGAUUACAACAUGACUGAUUAUUAUUGGACUUGUUACCAACAUUUACCUAUUGAAAGUAUUUGUAAUUAUAAAAAUAUGAACAAGUGUUUCAUGUUGUUUUUGAGGAAGAUAUUUCCUCAAAAUACAAUUCCUAAUUUGUUUACUCUUAUUGUUAGAUAUUUCAACAAUAUUGAGCUCCAUAUACCUAUAUUAUUACUUAUUACUAAUAUUAGGUACUUAUGCUUAUGACCCGAUUGAUCCGUAAGUUGUGACAAUUAAAUAUUGUUAUAAUAAUCAACAUACGGGAUUCUGUUUCUUAAAAAGUCACUGUUUCACUAAAUACUCUUACCUUUCAAUUGUAUACAAUUAUGAUAUAAUCUACUUUGAGUUUGUUUGUUUUUAAUUUUGCAACAAUUUAAAAUAAAAUAUUUAAUUAUAUUUAAAUGAUAAUUCUAAAAUAUUAGGUACAUUUUAUUUAUAUCUAAUUCCUUUUAAACGCGUAAAUAUUUCUUAGUUAUUAGCAUUGCAUUAUAUUAUUAUAUUAUAUUUAUAUAUAUAUAUAUUAAUUUAUACUACGUCAAAGCAUAAAAAUUAUGUUAACAUCAUAAUAUGAUGUCUACUUCGGUAGAUAACCUGUGCAAUAGAAACUUAUAAAUUAUAUAAUUUUGAUAAACAAUUUUUAGUAAUAUACUAUUGUUAAGGAUUUUAUAAAAUGUAUAUUAUUAACUAUUAAUUGAGUUAUGAAUUUAUGAUCUUAAUUUAUUGAUAGUUAAUUUCACUAUACACACUCACAUCAAUUAUAUACUUAUAGUCCUAUGACUUAUACAUAUUAUGAAUACUACACGUAUAUAAAGUUAUAUUUAAGAGCAUAAUUUCGUAGAUUGAACUGUAUAUACAUGUAAUAAAACAAUGUAACUUCUCGAAAAAUUUUGUAUUUUUA